GAUCAGUGGUCAAGAAGUAAUCCCUAAUAUUACUUUUAUUACAUGCUAUUACUUCCUGUUAGUGGUGAGCGUGGGAGAAGGUUAGGUUAGCAUAAUAGUCCAGUGCGAAAUUAAUCCCGAAGCUGUCAAAUUGACAGCUGUUUGCUAAAAUGUGUUUUUGGUGAUGUAUCAAAAUUAAAAACACGUCACUCUCACCCUAGGAUCAUGGAUGAUUAUAAUGAUACCUGGCUUGGAUGGGAUUCUCCAUCUCCAGAUACCUGCAUUCCUAUCCCAAGGCACAAUGCAACCAUUAUUACAGACGUGUACUCCGGAAUCCCAGAAAAUUUAUUGUUGAAUACUAUUGGUUUCAUGAUAUUAGUACUGAUAUUUGGAUUACUACGGAAAAGAGCAUGGAACUAUGGGAGACUGGCUUUAUUACAAAAGUCCGAUAAUAGAUGGACAGAGUUAUUUUAUGGGGAUAAUGAUGGUAGAGAAAUCGAUGUUGUGAGUGUCGAGGCUUCAGUCAAUUCUCAACUAUCUCACGUUGACAGGGGAUUCCUAUCAUGGAUCGUCACUGCAUUUAGAAUAACAGAUGAGGAGUUACUGAGACGCGCAGGCCCAGAUGGCUUGCUUUACGUUUCAUUUGAGCGUUAUUUAAUAAUGUUGACAGCAUUGAUGACAGCUGCUGCUCUUUGCAUUGCUUUACCUAUUAAUUUUCAUGGGAAUUUUUUGAGCAAUGGGACGAGGUUUGGUCACACGACUUUGUCGAAUAUUGAUCCUAAUUCUGACUGGGUCUGGGUCCAUAGUCUCCUAAUUUUGUCUUAUCUUCCAAUCGGAUGCAUUAUAAUGAGACGUUUCACGAAACAGGUUCGAGAUGCUAGACCAGCUGGAGAACUUGCUGCCAGAACAUUACUCAUUACAGAUAUACCAAAACACCAAUGUAACGUGGAAGCUCUUACUCAAUAUUUCAGAGAAGCAUUUCCGACACUCACAGUUGAGGAUGUAACUCUGGCACACGAUAUCAAGCGGCUGACGGAAUUAGACCUUCAAAGAGAUUGUGCAGAGCAAGCAAGGUUGUACUGUGAAAAUUAUGCGAAGCAGCGGCCACCUUUAAAAAUGUAUCCAUAUCCUUGCGGAGAAGUUCUUGGAUGCUGUUGCCACACGGUGGAUGCUCAAGACUUUUAUGCAUUGGAAGAAUUCAAGCUGACUGCAUUGGUAGAUGAGGAAAGAAAAGCAGCUUUAGCUAGGCCACUAGGAAUGGCAUUUGUUACAUUAGGUACACCAGGUGCAGCUAGAAGUAUGAAAAGACAAUUGAGAGUAUCUCCCACUAUAAAAUGGUCAGUUAAUUAUGCUCCAGCACCAUCAGACAUAUUUUGGGAAAAUUUAAGCAUAGCUAGACCUUGCUGGUACCUCAAUGCCAUUUUAAUCAAUUUGAUACUUGGUGCAAUCUUGUUCUUCCUUACCACACCCGCAGUCAUAGUAUCAGCUUUGAAUAAAAUACCAAUUACAGGAGAAAUAAGUAAUCUGAGUCCCAUAGUUUCCUCCUUCUUGCCAACAGUGAUGUUAGUAAGCGUAGCUGCUGUGAUGCCAGCAUUGGUAGGCAAAAGUGAAGCGUUGGUAAAACAUUGGACUAGAAGUGGUUUAAAUCGAGCAGUUAUGCGAAAAACUUUACUCCUGCUACUACUGAUGGUCCUCAUACUGCCAAGUCUGGGAUUGACCAGUGCACAAGCACUUUUAAGUUGGACAGUUAAUGCUGGUAAUGGCACAUCAAAUAGGUGGGAGUGUGUAUUUUUACCAGAUCAGGGUGCUCUAUUCGUGAACUACGUAGUGACUGCUGCGCUUGUGGGGUGUGGGUUGGAAUUGGUGAGGUUUCCUGAACUAGCUCUGUACACAUUCAGAUUAUGCAUAGCCAGAAGUCGAGCUGAACGUGUUGCAGUCAGGAGAGCAGUAUUAUGGGAAUUUCCACUUGGAGCCCACUAUGCAUGGCUAUUACUUGUCUUUACCAUGACUACGGUCUACAGUGUAGCCUGUCCGUUGAUAACACCGUUUGGAUUGUUGUACUUAUGUGUCAAACACCUGGUUGACAGACAUAAUCUGUCCUUUGCUUACGGACCUAGUGUAGGUGGUGGCAGACUUGCUGGAGCAGCUGCCUCAGCAGCAGGUGCUGCUCCUAUUUUAGCUCAAACAACUCUUCUAGCACUAGGUUUAGUGCGUAGAGGUUCUUCUCCACUUGCUGCAGUGCAGCUUAUUGGACUAGUCAUCAGUAUUUUGGGCCUUGUUACUGGCGCAUCAUUACCCACGUCAAAAUCAAAAAUGCAAACCCCAAGAGGGGAUCUGGGUACAGCACAAAGUUUUAUACCACCGGUAUUGAGAGUAAAACCUAUAUCGAAUAGUCCUGUGGAAACUGGUGUCCAAAAUUCGACUGCUACUCUAUCAUCAGAAAUCGUUGACGAUCUUUCCAAUGUUCCCGUUGACCCCAACAUGGUGGUAAUGCAAGAAAGUCCAAGGCUGUAUCAAGAUUAUGGACGGGAACCAAGGGUUUAAUUUAUUCCAAUUGAUAAUUGUUUCUGUUCUGAUUUUUAAAACACUGUGGUUAUGUUUAGAUGAUUGUUUUGGGAUUCUAUACAUACUAAAUAAUUUUGAAAAAUUAUAUUUUCUUAGAGCUAAACAAGUAUUGAUAUUAAACAGAAAGUGGAUUCUGAUGUGAAGAAAGAUUUGCAUUGUAAUAAGCGUUAUCAAAAAUUAUCGCUAACUUCGACUCAUCUGUGCUUGAGAAAUAUAAAGAACGUAUAAACAAUAGUUAAAAUAUUCUACACAGAUUUUAUAAUCAAGUUUAUCAGAGGUCUAUUAAAACAUCGCUUAACAAUUCUAAGGAUGUAAAUUUUUAUACAUCGAUGAUUCUACAUGCUUCUUUGAGUUUCGCAUCCAAUUUUUGAUAGAAGAGUAAAUAUAUGUAGUGUAAAUAAAAGGAUUGCUUUUAUAGAACUAUUUUAUGGUAGCUAAUAAAUACCAAGAACUAUUAAUAUUUAGAUUAUUAUAUUCGAAAUGUUUGAACCACAUAAAACUUGUGAGAUUAAUAUUAAAUUCUAUACAUAGUAAUAUAUAUUUACAUCAGGGUGGUCCUUAUUUAGUAGAGAAUGUAAAUUCGAAAAUUUUUUUGUCGAAGGAACGAAUCCUUCAACCUUUAAGUCCUUAUUUAGGGCUUGGACGAACUUUUUAUCAUUCGCCUCCCGGAUCGGCUCCAAAUAGUUCAAACUAAUUCCCUAAUUUUUUCAGAUUAUCAUCUCAACUCUAGUCCUAAACCCCUACUUGUAAGAGGGUGGAUUUUCCCAUUUAAAAUACAUGUUUAGGUCACAUUCUAAGUAUAUAUUUAUUGUCAGAGUAAUAAUUUUUUUUAAAUCUGUGUUUGCGAGAUUUUAGUGGGCGUUGGUGCUAUUAUCUGAUAAAAAUUCCAUAUCAUUAUACCAGGCAAUCUAGACGAAUUGCACACCCACUAAAUGAAAAAAAAGUUAGACUUAGGGGUUGUACAAUUCGUCUAGAUUGCCUGGUAUGAUGAUGUAAAUUUUUUAGCAGAUGGUAGCACCAACGCGCCCAGUCAAAUCUCAUAAUUACAGAUUUUCUUGAUAAUUAUUAAUCUUACGAUAAAAUACAUACUGAGAAUAUAGCCGAAAUACGUGAAUUUUUUAUCGGGAAAUCCACCCUCUUACAUGCAGCGGUUUAGGGCUAGAGUUGAGAAAUAGAUCUGAAAAAACUAGGGAAAUGUUUCUGAACUAUUUCGAGUCGAUUUGGGGGGCAAAUGAUAAAAAUUUUGAUUGAUCUCUAAAGAAGGACCACUCCAAUCUGCAUUCUAUACAUACAGUUAGCUGUACGAACUUGUAAAAAUAUUCAUGUAACUUCGUUAAGAUAUAUAGAAAUUGUGUAACGUAUAUAAAAUUAUAGUUGAAUUGUAAUAUAUGUAUAAGCCACUUAACUACGAAUUAAUUUUUUUUUAUUUAUGUUUAUGCAUUAAUAGGAGAUCUGCA